AGCCCCCGCGCGCCCCGCCGCUGGAUGGAGGCUGAGGUAGCCAUGUUGUAGUCGGUGCACACAAACCUCAGACCGGACAAACUCGCUGCGCACUCCGUUACCGUCGACCACACGGCUCCGAGCGGCCCGACACCCUCUCCCCUGUUCGGACUGCACACCCGCGGCGGCCACCAUGAGCGGCGGGACGCCCUACCUGGGCAGCAAGAUCAGCCUGAUCUCGAAGGCCGAGAUCCGGUACGAAGGGAUCCUGUACACCAUCGACACCGAGAACUCCACCGUGGCUCUGGCUAAAGUGCGCUCCUUCGGCACGGAGGACCGGCCCACCGACCGGCCCAUCCCUCCUCGUGAUGACACCUUCGAGUACAUCAUCUUCAGGGGCAGCGACAUCAAGGACCUGACUGUGUGUGAGCCGCCCAAACCCACCUGCUCCCUCCCUCAGGACCCCGCCAUCGUCCAGUCGUCCAUGAGCUCCAGCUCCUCAUCUUCCACCGCCGCUCCCACCCCGUUCCAGUCUGCUGGCUCCUACGGCCUCUUCAACCGGGCCCCUGUUCCAGCCUACAACCAGUUCAGCACCAGCCCCCUCGUGUCCCCCCAGUUUGGACCAGUGGGUAUCGGCCGCAGCAGUCCCACCCUGGACCCUCUACGGAAGAGCCCCACCCUGGAGCAAGUGAUCCAGACUUCCCCGUCUGCCGCGACCGCCGCCGCCACGGCCCCGGCCCCGGCCCCCGGCCUGGGACGCAGGAGCCCCGCCCACAGUCGCACGGCCCCCUCCGGCGCCGGUCAGAGCGGGCAGAAGGUCCAGCAGCAGGAGGGCGUGGACACACGGAGGGGUGAGACUGUCAGGGGAGGCCGCAGCAGCAGCCAGGGCUGGUCUGCACCCCGAACCAUCUCCGCCUCUCAGCUCUCUGCGGUAGAUAGGGCCCCCUCCUCAGGGCUUCCCCACUCUGUCUUUAGCCACCCAGGUGAGAGCUCAGACUGCAGCACGCACUCACCUGUGCUGCUGACCUACCUGAGGCACACCUGCCCCUCCGUCCUGACAGACUAGCUCAGGGUUCACACACGCUCUGCCAACUGCAAGAAUCUUUUUCUUUAUUAAUCAACAUAAUUUAUUGGCAUUUCGAGAGUCAUACAACGUAUUUCAACAGCGAAGCCGCCUCGAACCUCCCAUCAGAGGCUAAUUACAAAUGUGACAACCACAUAACAGCACACAUCAGGUAAUGAUAAGAAUAAUAACUGAGGCAAGUUAGUAUAAAACAGAGACAAUUAAAAAGG